UGCUGGGAGGUAGACGUUAAUGCGUAUGCGAAUGCAUUCCGUACCAAACAGCCGGGUCAGCGAGGAGAAUAGUUGGCGAUACUCUAAUUUAGGGACGACCUUUGAACGAAUCUUAAAUGACCUUGACAAUUAUUGGCCAAUCAGAAGACAAUACAGAGUGAAAAUAUAUUAUAAGAAAGUAAUGAAUUACAGUGGAUAGUCUUCUUUUACAUGAUUUAAAAACUUGUAGAGGUUCGAUAACGGUUCAGAAAUCCUGAAAUCAUAAUGCAUGCGGUAUAAAAACUCGUCCAUGUGGCUCCAUAACAGUCAUCCUCUUGAGCCGUGGUGUGGUCUUAAAAUUUCUUUCAGUCUCGACCACAUAGCUUCAAUAUUAUUAGUAUGUACGCCGGUUGUAGGAUCGACGAAAUGGCGCUUGUGCACUACAACAUGAUGCACAUAUCCAAGUCUAUGUAGGCACCUAUAGCCUCGCCAAUCAUCCGUAUAUAUUGUUGUGCCCAGUUGUACGUAUUCCUGUAUAAUUGGUAUGAUUGUGUUCGCUUGCCGGUUUCUGACUUUCUGAAAAUGUCCCUUUUGUGUUGAUCGGUCAUAAAUUCCAAGUACCUGUCAAGUAUAUUUACGGAAAUGCUACUUACCCAUUCUUCCUUGAUACCACGUCCCCUAUUGUAUUUUCGCUUUCGUACUACCGUUUCAUCUAUUUCCACAAUGCAUCCUACUCCUCCGAAUGAUAGGCGUAGGCGUGUCAUUUUACUUGCACAGAUGUCACGACAGUACUCAUACCACUGGACUGCUGAAGUUUCAGUAACAUCUGCAAACGCCGCAGCCAGUGUUACUGGUGUCUUUAUUAACCAGUUUGCAACUAUUAUCAUGAUCUGCCUUAGUGACAGACGCGAUCGAGCGAAGAAAGUCCCCGUUCGAGCAGACGUUUUUUUCCAACAUGAAGGACAACGAAACACAAUCUCACCACGGUGUUCUGGACACUUAGCUCCAGUCAUUUGACAACCGCAUUCGCACGUACAAGAACUUCUCAAUAGUCCCAUCUCUUGUAGCCUCUCAUUAAUAACCUGUUGUCUAAAAUCCGCUGUAAAGCGACCGUAUGUCAGCAUCAGGUGUUGAACUUGGCUCCGUGACCUUGAAAUUGCUCAAACGCUUCUGAUUGGCUCGUCCUUAAAUUAGAGUCUCGCCGAAUAGUUAAUAGGGGAAAAUUUCUCGAAUAAAGCGUGAAAUUCAUCGUCACGCGAAUAAAAAGUGACAAGGAUUCGGUACACAUACAUGUGAGUCUAUUAUAUUAAUGCUAUUCUUAUCGUUAUCCGUCAUGUCGAGUAUAUUAUAUAUUAAAAAAUAUGAAAAUAUACGACAGACGUGGACAGGUAAGUCAUAGACUCACCGAAUUGGCUUCUUUGGAAGAUUUGACCAGAGGUUGAGGCGUGUUCCAAAAUACGUGUCACCAAUUGUAGCGUGGCGUCGAGUUGAGAUUAACUAUGAACACCGCUACCAAGAUACACGUGCCAAAUAAAUCAGAAGGCGUAGGUUGAACGUAACCAAAGAAAUCCAUAAAAUCUCCGAGAAGCCAAAUACCAGAAGGCAGUUAAUGGACCAAAUCGAGAUAUAUAUUUGCUGGCGAUCUCGUGGUAUCGAAAGGAUACCGAGAUCGUGCCAGAAUACAACCUUGGUUACAGAACGUAACCGAAUUCGCGUGAAGUUACAAUCGAAGUGUGGGAAUAAGAAUGGAAGUACAAUAU